AGUUCCUAGUUCCUUCAGAUUUCAGAAAGCAACAACAAUGAGCUGCCCGCAACCCUAGCCUCCACUGCUGCCACAAGGAGCGAGCCAUUGUCGCCGUCCGUUGAGCUUCCGCCGCAACCCUCUCCAACCCCUGUUCGCUCUCAGACUCACCGAUCGCAGGCGCGCAACUUCUUCCUCGAUCGUCCGUCAUCUUGCGGUCGUGCUAGCCGUUGUCUUCAUCUGCUCUCUGCUCGCCGUUUUGCGCUUUCUUUUUUGAAAAAAAAGAAACCCUUUCUCCUUCCCCCCGAGCAACGCAGCGCAGGUUCCCCACUUCUCCUUCUCCUCAUUCAGAUACAGGUAUACAGCCCCCAUCCUCAAAACACAAACCCUAGGUUACUCCCACCGCCGCAAGGGUCUCACUCAGCGCCGCCGUCCAUUGCGCUCAGACACCACCGUGUCUUCGUCCUGUCGUCUGCGGCUCCGCGCUUCUUCCUCAUUCAACAAUUGAUUCGCAACCCUUUGGCAAAUUCAACAGUGUUAAUCAUCUUCGAUUAUAAUCUCUCCACUGAGACUUAGAUCGAUCCAUAUUAUUCGAGUCGCCACUACAAAAAAAAUGGUGCUCACGUCCUCUGCACGUGACUACGUCAACCGCAUGCUGCAGGACAUCUCCGGCAUGAAGGUCCUAAUCCUCGAUUCCCAAACGGUGAGUAUUGUGAGCGUUGUGUAUUCACAAUCAGAGCUUCUUCAGAAGGAAGUGUUCUUGGUGGAGUUGGUGGAUUCCAUAACCAAGUCGAAGGAGCUUAUGUCGCAUCUCAAGGCCGUUUACUUCCUUCGCCCUACGACGGAGAACAUCCAGCAUUUGCGCCGCCAGCUCGCCGCUCCUAGAUUUGGGGAGUAUCACCUAUUUUUCUCCAACAUAUUGAAGGACACUCAGAUUCACAUACUUGCUGAUUCAGAUGAACAUGAAGCUGUCCAGCAAGUUCAGGAGUUCUACGCAGACUUUGUUGCAGUUGAUCCUUAUCAUUUCACUUUGCACAUCCCUUCAAGUUAUAUUUAUAUGCUCCCAGCUGUGGUGGAUCCUUCAACACUGCAACACUUCUGUGAUCGGGUUGUUGAUGGUGUAGCAGCUGUCUUUUUGGCAUUAAAACGGAGACCAGUUAUUAGAUAUCAAAGGACGUCUGACAUUGCCAAAAGAAUAGCACAUGAAACAAAUAAACUGAUGUACCAAGAAGAAAGUGGUCUUUUUGAUUUUAGGCGAACAGAAGUUUCACCACUGUUGUUGGUGCUUGAUAGGAGAGAUGAUCCUGUAACCCCAUUGCUCAAUCAAUGGACCUAUCAGGCUAUGGUUCAUGAAUUGAUAGGAAUCCAAGACAACAAGGUGGACUUGAAAUCCAUUGAUAAAUUUUCAAAGGAUCAAGAGGAGGUUGUGUUGUCGUCGGAACAAGAUUCGUUUUUCAAAGCCAACAUGUAUGAGAAUUUUGGAGAUAUAGGUAUGAAUAUCAAGCGGCUGGUUGAUGAAUUUCAGCAAGUGUCAAAGAGCAACCAGAACAUCCAAACGAUAGAGGACAUGGCCAAAUUUGUUGACAAUUAUCCUGAGUACAGAAAAAUGCAUGGGAAUGUGUCAAAGCAUGUGACUUUGGUAACAGAAAUGAGCAAGAUAGUACAACAGCGAAAACUUAUGACAGUUUCACAAACAGAACAGGAACUGGCUUGCAAUGGAGGACAAGGGGCUGCGUUUGAGGCAGUGACAAAUCUACUAAAUGAUGAUAGCAUAUCAGGUGUGGACCGGCUGCGUUUAGUCAUGCUAUAUGCUUUGCGAUAUGAGAAGGAUAGCCCUGUUCAGUUAAUGCAGCUUUUCAACAAACUGGCUUCCCGAUCUGCCAAGUAUAAAUCUGGGCUCGUCCAGUUUCUUUUAAAGCAAGCAGGUGUUGACAAGAGAACUGGUGAUCUUUUUGGAAAUCGAGAUCUAAUGAAUAUUGCCCGUAAUAUGGCCCGUGGGUUGAAGGGUGUUGAGAAUGUGUAUACCCAGCACCAACCCCUUCUUUUCCAAACCAUGGAAAGCAUCGUCAAAGGACGGCUGAGAGAUGUGGACUACCCAUUUGUUGGAAAUCACUUUCAACAAGGAAGGCCACAGGAAGUAAUCAUCUUCAUUGUUGGUGGAACAACUUAUGAGGAGUCAAGAUGUGUUGCUCUACAAAAUGCCAGCAAUCCUGGAAUUCGGUUUAUACUUGGUGGCUCUUCUGUUCUCAAUUCUAAGAGGUUUAUUAGGGACCUGGAAGAAGCUCAAAGGGUAGCUCGUUCGAACACCAGCAUUGUUUGAAAUCCAUCCUGGCACAAUUUGCAUUUUGAGGGCUAUAUAGAAAAAUAUUUUGCAGAGGGAGCUCGAUGUCGGUAUAAACUCAAUCCAUUGUUGUUGCAGAUAGUUAUUAACCCUAAUUUCGAUAGGGUUGUAGUGGUUGCUGCUUGCGGAUGAAUGCAAUUGGAAAUUGAAAUACCAAACAUAAAGGGCACGCCACUCCCCUCUUUCUUUUGUUCAUUCAUGGGGUAAAAAGUAGACACGAAAGUAUAGGAACAAAGAAAAGAAGUAAAUCUUUUUUGUGUAGUUUUUCUUCAUCAUUUUGGCUAAUCGAGUCUCAAUUUUAUUUUUAUUUUUAUUUGAAGAGUCUGAAUGGUUUUUCUUACACUUACUGAUGAAAACAAUUUUGUAUAAUCUUGUAAUGAAUGUCCCAUUCUUUUGUAUACUUAUACGGAUGUAGUUCAUUUGUAGAUUCA